AUGGCAGAUAUUCAACCUGAAAAGCAAGAUGCUAUGGCACAAGAGACUCCUCACGACGACCACAAGACAUCUGCUGUGGAGGAAAAUGGCUAUGCAGACCGUCCAGUAGGAUGGAAAUACAAGACUUACCGCUUCGCAUCUAUCAAAAUUCCCUGCUAUGCAUCGCCACCCUUCCAGCUUACCCUCGUGGCAUUCGUCUGCUUCAUGUGUCCUGGCAUGUUCAACGCAGUCAACGGUCUGGGCGGAGGUGGUCAAUUCGACGCUCAUACGGCCGACAAUGCCAACGUUGCUCUGUACUCUACUUUCAGUGUAUUCGGCUUCUUUGCUGGAACCAUUGCCAACCGUCUAGGUAUAAAGUUGACGUUGAGUCUCGGAGGCUUGGGAUACGUUCUUUAUAUAGCUAGCUACCUAAGCUACAAUCACAACCAGAAUGAGGGAUUUGUCGUCUUCGCGGGAGCUAUGCUUGGUAUUUGUGCUGGAAUGCUCUGGGCGGCCCAGGGAGCGAUUAUGAUGUCGUAUCCGCCUGAGCAGUCGAAGGGGAGGUACAUCUCCUGGUUCUGGAUGAUUUUUAAUCUGGGGGCUGUGAUAGGUGGGCUGAUACCUCUGGGUCAAAAUAUCCAUUCUUCAGCCGGCAACGUAACCGACGGCACCUACAUCGGCUUCCUGGUCUUGACAUUCAUCGGCGCCUGCCUAGCUUGGACGCUCGUUGAUGCCAAAAGCGUAGUCCGCUCUGACGGCUCCCACGUCAUCCUUAUGAAACACCCAACAUGGCAAAGCGAACUCCUCGGCCUUCUAGAAGUACUGAAAACGGACAUCUGGAUCAUCUGCCUUUUCCCAAUGUUCCUGGCUAGUAAUUGGUUCUAUACUUACCAAUUCAAUGAUUUCAAUUCUGCCAAGUUCAACAUCAGGACGAGAUCGCUCAACAGUAUCCUGUACUGGACGAGUCAGAUUGCCGGAGCUUACAUAUUCGGGUAUGGGCUAGACGUCAAGAGCGUGAGACGAAGUAUGAGGGCGAAGGUGGUUUGGGGCGUGCUGUUUGUGAUCACGAUGGUUAUUUGGGGAGGCGGGUAUGCUUGGCAGAAAGGGUAUACAAGGGCGGAGACGGCGCCAAAGACAGCGCCAAAGAUGGAUUGGACGAGCAGGGGAUAUGUGGGUCCGAUGUUUUUGUAUAUGUUUUAUGGCUUCUAUGAUGCUGCGUGGCAAACUUGCGUCUACUGGUUCAUGGGCGCCUUGACCAACAACGGCCGCAAACUUGCCAACUACGCCGGCUUCUACAAAGGCAUACAGUCCGCUGGUGCAGCCAUCAUAUAUCGCAUCGAUGCGCUCAAGGCUCCGUUUAUGAAUGAAUUUGCGUCAAGUUGGGCGCUGCUCGCGGGGAGUUUGCUCCUUGCUGCGCCGUUGAUUUGGACGAAGAUACAGGAUACGGUGCCGAUCGAGGAGGAUCUGAAGUUCACGGAUGAAACGUAUGAGGAUGUAAAGCCGAUGAUUGUUGGGGAAGGGGCGCCGGAGGUGGAGGAGAAAGUGUGA